GAUAUAAAACAUACGCGUAUUCUAAUCUUAUUUUGAUAUUUUACCAUUCUAUGAAGGGUUGUUUAUGUCUUCCAUUAUUUUAUCCCAUCAUCUAUAUGAAUUCAAGGAGGUAAUCUGCAUUCAAUUUAGCUAAAAGGAAUAUUGAGAUUAAAAUUACGCCAUUCGGCAAAGACAUCACUUCUUCCCCGCAGUCGGAGGAGAAAAGGAGAGAGAAGAAAACCCCAGGUGAUGGCGGUGCUUCGGGUUUUAUGAGGUUGCAGGUUCAUCAUUUGGCGUAAGAGUUAAAUGGAAAUGCCCGGUAGACGAUCGAAUUACAGUUUACUAAGCCAAAAUCCCGACGAACCAUUCUAUCACCACCCACCGCCUCAGCAGGCAAAGUUCUCCGCCGGCGGAGGGGGACAAUUGGCUCAGCAGCCUCUUUACUACGAGUCUAACUCAGGAGAGAAGAAUAGGUUGAAGUACGAGAGAGCGCCCGCCUUCGAUUGGGACGCGAUUGAUCAAAGAUCGAUUCUGGCGCAACCGCAGCAAAGCCGGAUAGGAACGCCGGCGUUCCCGGGGUCUCUUGGACUGCAGACGCAAUCGAGUGGGAGCAGCUUCGGUGAGAGCUCGAUCUCGGGGGAUUGUUAUGUACCCUCGCUUACGAACCCCGAGGUGGCUUUUAGUCAUUUGAGUGAUGCGGGCGGCGAGUUCACGGUGAAGACAGCGGAGGUGUCUAUUGGCGGCGGCGGCUCAUCGUCUUCAAAGAGCUGGGCGCAGCAGACGGAGGAAAGUUAUCAAUUGCAGCUGGCUUUAGCUCUUCGUCUCUCCUCAGAAGCCACCUGCGCUGAUGACCCUAAUUUUUUGGAUCCAGUGCCUGAUGAAUCUGGGUUGGCUGCUUCUUCAUCACCUGCAUCUGCAGAGGCCAUUUCUCAUCGUUUCUGGGUAAAUGGAUGCUUAUCGUACUUUGACAAAGUUCUAGAUGGGUUUUACAUGAUUCAUGGGAUGGAUCCAUAUGUUUGGGCUAUGUGCUCUGAUCAUCAGGAAAAUGGCCGUAUUCCGUCCAUUGAAUCCUUGAAGACUAUUGAUCCUGCCCUUGUAUCUUCAGUUGAAGUGAUCUUAGUAGAUCGACAAGGUGAUCCCAGCUUGAAAGAAUUGCAGAAUCGGGUCCAUACCUUGUCAUCUAGUUGCACUACCACAAAGGAAGUAGUUGAGCAACUUGCUAAGCUAGUUUGCAAUCAUAUGGGGGGUGCAGCUUCCAGUGGGGAAUGAGUUAAAAGAUUGCUUGGGGUCCAUUGUGCUGCCAAUUGGCAGUCUGUCCAUCGGACUAUGCAGACACCGUUCUCUGCUGUUCAAAGUUUUAGCUGAUAUUAUUGGAUUACCAUGUCGAAUUGCAAGAGGAUGUAAGUUUUGCACUAGAAAUGAUGCUUCAUCAUGCCUUGUCAGAUUUGGGCUUGACAGGGAGUAUCUUGUUGAUUUGGUCGAGAAACCAGGAUACUUAGUUGAGCCUGAUUCCCUGCUCAAUGGUCCUUCUACGAUCUCAAUUUCUUCACCUUUACGCUUGCCACGAUUUAGGCAGGUGGAACCCGCAAUUGAUUUCAGGUUGCUGGCCAAACAGUUUUUCUCAGAUUUCCGAUCUCUUGAUCUCGUGUUUGAUGAUUCCUUAGCAGCUGGAACUGUAAUUGGUGGAGAUACUGGUGACUCCAUGUAUCCUAAACAAGCAGAAAGGAAUAGUGCAGAUAGAAACAGCUCCCCGCGCAGCUCAAGCAACCGAGAGGAAAUAUUUAACACGCCAUUUCCCACAAAUUCCUGGAUAAAGGUUCGUGGCAAAGAGCAAUUGCUUUCGAAACAAUCGAACGCUCAGGAUGUUCUAAGCUCCAUGAAUGUUGUUGAAGGCUCAAUUCCUUUGAAUCUUAUUCCUCCAUUUGGGCAUAAAGAUGUUCAGCCGCUUAUUCCCCCACUGGAUCCUAGAGUACAUACAACUAAACAUAUGAGGUUUGGUGAAAGAGGUCGAUUAGUUCCAUCUAAAACAAGUGAAUUUACCUUUGAAGUCGAUGAUCUAAACAUUCCCUGGAGUGAUCUUGUUUUAAAGGAGAGAAUUGGGGCAGGUUCCUUUGGAACAGUUCAUCGUGCUGAGUGGAAUGGUUGUGAUGUUGCAGUGAAGAUUCUCAUGGAACAAGAUUUCCAUGCAGAAUUUUACGAGAGGUAGGCUCAGACACUCUCUGGUCAACCUUUGUUAACCUACUUUCUUGCUUUAGUGUAACUUUCUUGCUUGGUUUAGGUGGCAAUUAUGAAAAGAUUGCGCCAUCCAAAUAUUGUGCUCUUUAUGGGUGCUGUAACAGAACCACCAAACUUGUCCAUAGUAACAGAAUAUUUAUCUAGAGGUAGUUUGUAUAGACUUUUGCACAAACCUGGUGCAAGAGAGGCAAUGGAUGAGAGACGUCGGCUGAGCAUGGCUUAUGAUGUGGCAAAGGGGAUGAACUAUCUGCAUAAACGCAACCCUCCUAUUGUUCAUCGAGACUUGAAAUCUCCUAAUCUCUUAGUUGACAGAAAGUAUACUGUGAAGGUCUGUGAUUUUGGUCUUUCCCGUUUAAAAGCAAAUACGUUUCUUUCAUCCAAGUCUGCUGCUGGAACUCCUGAGUGGAUGGCACCUGAAGUGCUUCGUGAUGAACCAUCAAAUGAAAAAUCAGACGUGUACAGUUUUGGUGUGAUUUUAUGGGAGCUGGUGACAUUGCGGCAACCCUGGGGUAACUUGAAUCCUGCACAGGUGGUGGCGGCUGUUGGUUUUAAGGGAAAAAGGCUUGAAAUUCCACGAGAUGUGAAUCCACAAGUCGCAGCACUUAUUGAAGCAUGCUGGGCCAAUGAACCUUGGAAACGGCCCUCCUUUUCCAGUAUUAUGGAUACUUUGAAAUCACUGAUUAAGUCUCCAACACCAACUCAGCCAGAGUCUGAUUUAAUUUCUAGGCAGGCCAGCUGCUUGGAUUAUGUAAGGUGUCCAUGUACAUAGCAGGUCGCAUGAACUUUCAAGGAUACUGUAUCUUUUUCUCAGUUCAAGUCAUUUACAAAAUUGUUGUAACUAUCCAAAAGUGUCAGUGGCAAAUGUAAAAUAUGUAUUUCAAUUUGUUAAUGACAGAUGUUUAUAUUAAUUGUAAUUAACCUUGUUCAUAGGUAAUCAUUUUGCAGUUUCCAGAA